UCUCUCUGUAACUUUGUAUAACCCCUUUAUUUCAUUUCAUCCAUCCAUUAUCUUCUUCUUCGUCAUUCUUCCUCUCACCACAUCAACAACAGAAAUGGCACUAAGCCUAUCCAACUCCUUCCUCCAAAGAAACUCUCCGCCACCACUCUCCAUCAAAAAGUUGGCAGCAGACACAUCCCCAAAUCAACCACGGUGGACAUGCCGGAAGAAAGACAUCCACCCGGAAUUCUACGAUGACGCCAAGGUCUACUGCAGCGGAGAACAUGUUCUUACGACCGGAGGUACGAAGAAAGAGUACGUGGUUGAUGUGUGGUCCGGCAACCACCCGUUUUAUUUAGGAAGUCGGUCUGCAAACCUGAUUGAUGCCGAUCAGGUUGAGAAGUUCCGUAAGAAGUUCGGUGGAGAUGGUGGGUUGGAUCAGUUUAUGCAGAUUCCGACGCUCAAGGGUGAGAUUAUUAUUCCACCUAAACGGAAAGCUGCCGGUAAAGGCAAGAAGAAGUAAGUUUAAUUGAGGGUUUAAUUUUGUCUAGUGUUAUUUCAUCUGAUGAAGCACGUUUCGAUUAUAUGUUUGUGGAUUUCAUAAUUCGUCUAUUGUUUUGGCUUUUGAAACCUAAAUGCUAUUAGUUAUGGGACUUUUGCCUGCAGCUGAAA